GUAUAAAGAGAGACCAAGGACUCACCUCGUCCAGAUCUCGUUUUGGUCUUCGUUCUCAUCAGCUUCUUCUUCAACCUCUCCGACUACUACAAACAAAUCUCCAGACCAAAGCCUUCAAAGCUCCACCUACAGCCACACCACACCCAUCCCACACUCCCAACCACACAUAGCCAAAAUGCAGCUUUCCGGCCUCGUUACCUUCCUCUCUUCCGUUGCCGCCGCCGCGGCCGUCUCCGUCUCCUACGACACCGGCUACGACGAUGGUGCCCGCUCCCUGACCUCCGUCUCGUGCUCCGACGGCGCCAACGGCCUCAUCACCAGAUACGGCUGGCAGAACCAGGGCCAGGUCGCCCGCUUCCCCUACAUCGGCGGCGUCGACGCCGUUGCCGGCUGGAACUCCCCCAACUGCGGCACCUGCUGGCAGCUCACCUACAACGGCAAGAGCAUCAACGUCCUUGCCGUCGACCACGCCGGCUCCGGCUUCAACCUCGCCCUCGGCGCCCUGAACGACCUGACCAACGGCCAGGCCGUCCAGCUCGGCCGCAUCGAGGCCCAGGCUACCCAGGUCGGCCUUAACGCCUGCGGCCUGUAGGGGACGAUGAGAGAGUGAGAGAGUGAGAGAUGAAGAGAAGAUCACAUCACGUCCCAAUACGACAGCGUAGUAAUUGGUUGGGCAUCAAUGGCCGGCUGGAUUUAAUGGACAGCUCGACACUGUAUUGAACCGGCGUUCCUCCAUCAUUUAGCAUCAUGCAUAUCACGAUACAUUCCUUAGAACAUAGCUAAAACUUAAUGAAGCACGGGUUUUUGCCCUGAUCAAAA